AUGUACUUCACUUGGUCCAAGACACACUGCCUGGAAAUGACGGAUGCAAUGGCUCAGCGCGUUUUGGAGCAAGUCUUCUUGAAGGUCGGGAAAGCGGGGGCGCCGCUUCUCUCACAGGGCAUCGUCGAAAACGACUUCUACCGCGUCUGCUACAGCAUGGAUGUACUGGACACGAAUGGACGCAAGGGCAUUCCGAGGGGUCAGAUCGCGCUGCUCUUCCAGGAGCUGUCCCGGACCUUACAGCAAAAGCUGGCUGAGCGCGACAACCGCAAGCACCCAUACCGCGCCCGAAAGGACACACGAGCCUCUCCGGAGAAGAAGCGUGUUGAUCACGCGCCCGGCAUGCAUGAGAUCCGCGGAUCGGCCCAGCUGUCGGUGCUGCUGGAGAUGCUUUG